AUGGUGAAUAUUUGCUUGAUUGCAAGAUUUUUCUUGAUUUGGCUAAGACAGCUCCAUACUCUCCACGACCCAGGUACAACCUUGCAGAGAAGCUUUGGUAAGGGAUUUAACUAUUUGCCUCUUGAGGUUAUUAUCAAGAGCACACUGGUUACGAAGACUACCUGCGACAUUUUUAAUGACCAAUAUUUUAUCCUCGAUUUUUACAGCAUCAAUUUCUUCAAAGAUGUUGGAGAAGUUGUAAACCACACGGGCAAGCAUGAGGGCUACGGCUUUGUUGAGUUUGCAUCUACUAAAGAAGCAAAGAAGGCGCUGGAAAAGAAGAAUGGUGAAUAUUUGCAAGAUUGCAAGAUUUAUCUUGAAGUGGCUACGGUAUUGCAUAGAUCACAAUGUUUGGUGAGGGAUUUAACUAUUUGUUAUCAAGAGCACAUUGGGUGGAGUUUUUGGUACGAAGACUACCUUCGACGAGAAAACCUUUUGGUAGAAGAAGACUACCUUCCAGAUAUUAUUGAGGCUAAGAAGAAACAGAAGUUUUGUUGUUAUGCAAUUCAAAGUCCUUCGACUCAUGCUAACACUUGGCUGUUAAAUUCAGGAAGUUGUUGUAAGUAA